AUGCAGGCAAUGUCUCUCCCAGCGCACGAUGCCGCGGAGACAAGCACGCCGUUAGCCAUGAUGGACUACGGUUUGAACGAGCCCCAACUGGCCAUGGGUGAACACCUCGACGAUUUCACGUCUUUCAUGGAUAAUGUGCCAAUCCCGAACUCCGUCUUCUCGCCCUCCUAUCAACCUAUUCCUGCCUUUCUUCCCGCCAGCUCAGAUCCGCUCUCGUUUGGGGGUCAUGGCGAUAAUCUCGGCGGCAUUGAAUGGUCUUUCCCUGCGCGACCCCAGCAAAACCAUGAUUCUACAGGCAGCUCGGCUCUUUCUGAAUAUGGAUCGCGGUUACCUUCACUGCAACCAGAGGAGAGGCCUGUCACGACCUCUGGAGUAGAACACAGUCCACCGCAGAACGAACCAAGCCCGCGGGAUCCUGGUCGCAGGAACCAUGCUCAUCUGACAGUGUCCAUGCAGGACAGAGAGGGAGCCAUGGAGGAACUAGCAUCGUUCUCGUCAUGUCUACCUUCCGAUGUCGUGCUACCGUCGAAGCAUGCUUUGUCCCGAUACGUCUCGGCCUAUGUACUUGUUUUCAACGAACAUUACCCAUUCCUUCACAUACCAACCUUACAGCUAGGCACGAUGCGCGUCGAAUUAUUUCUGGCCAUUGCAGCGCUUGGGGCGAGAUACUCGCGGGAGCCUGGUGCCAGCACCGAACUGUUUGACCUUGCCAAGAGUGUGGGACAAGAGCGCCUUAAGAGGCGUAAUGAGCCAGACUCUGCGACAGAUGGUGGUAGUGAUAAUGCGAGCAGUAAUGGGCAGACGAGUGAUACCUCAGCCGACUCACGGUCUGCCAAGCUCGAGACGAUGCAAGCUCUCGUUCUGCUCACAGCCAUUUCCAUGUGGUUCAAAAGGCAGCCGGACGUCUACGACGCGAUCCACAUCCGGAGUAUGCUCGAUACAUUGAUCAGGGAAGAUGAUCUUCACUACGAGCGAGGGACUAGGCCUUCUACCUGGGCGGAGUGGAUACAGUACGAGAUCUUCAAGCGAACCAGGCUUGUCACUUUCUGCUUUUUCAACAUCCACACGAUUGUGUCCGACGCGCCACCCAUGAUGUUGGCCGAUCAGUUGCACCAGGACUUACCGUGUACUGAGAACGAAUGGAGGGCGGUGAGCGAACAAGAUUGGCUUGCCAGCCACGACGACUGUACCACGCAGGAAGACUUGAAAGUGGUAUUAGAGAGACUGUUCGAACCGCCCGACUCUGGUCAAUCCAGUGGCCCCUCGGUCAAGGCCAGAUUCUCCUCGCUGGGAGGCUGUGUCUUGAUUCAUGCCAUCAUACAGCGUGUUUGGCUUGUCCGGAAUUCGGGCUUCCACGGGGGGCUGAGCAACCAACAAUUAUCACCUGAGAUGAUGAACACAUUCGAACGGGCGCUUAAAUGUUGGUCCUCCUGCUGGGAGUCAGGACGCGAAUCCUCCAUGGACCCCCUCAGCCCGCACGGCCCUUUGUCAUUCACCUCUACAGCGCUCCUAAGGAUCGCCUAUAUACGCAUCAACAUGGACAUGGGACCUAUACGGUCACUAGGCUCAUGGGACGCGAACACUAUCGCGCGGUCGCUCGACAGCAGCCCACCAGCGCAGCGCAGCCACCGGUUGACGCGGGCCGCCCUGCACUGCGCGCACGCGCUCAGCAUCCCCAUCAAGCUCGGCAUAAACUACGUCGCCCAGACGCAGGUCGUCUACUGGUCAAACCAGCACGCGCUGUGCUCGCUCGAGUGUGCUGUCCUGCUGGCAAAGUGGCUAGAGGGAGUCACUGGGCCCCCCGAACCAGACCCGCCCCUCAACGCGGCGGAGAACCGCACGUUGCACUUUGUCGUGCAGCUCGUCGCCGAGGCCAAUCACAAAGGCCAGGUUGACAAGGCCCUCCAGGAGAGAGGUUCCCUGGCAUCGACGGUCGUGCGGCUGUGGGCGUCGCUGUACAAGGCGGAGAGCGUGUGGGAAAUGGUCGAUCUGAUUGCGCGCUCGCUAUUGGCGUUUGCUGAUUUUCUGGAAGUGCGAGGUCGCGCCUUGCAAGGAUAG